GUGCACCCCAGUGCGCAUGUCCAUUUCCGGUUAGCGCGCAUCUACUGCUACCGCCAAACUCAUUCAAACGCAGGAGGUCAAAGUCGUGCACCUGGUCCCAGUGCUCUCACCGAAGGCUGACUCCAAAGUUGAUUUCGUUUGGUUUAUUUCAUGCAGGUGGUAUGAGACCGUAAAUACUAAAACCAACAAACCAACACAGAAGAAAGGAGACAAGCCUACCUUAGGGGCUGUCUGCCACAGUGAAGUUGGUGGCAGUUGGAAAAGAGGUACCUUCAGUCACCAAGACUGUAUUGGCCACCAGGGUACCAGAUAACAGUCUUACCCAGCCAGACCAACACAGCAGCAGCCACAGCUUUUCGUCCCACUGCACCUCCUCCCUCACUGCUGCUUCAUUGAUAAGAAGCUUUCUCAGGAGACUGGACCAAAAUCCUUCCGAGACGGUAUUGUCACACAACCUCUCAAGCACUUUGUCUUCUGUUCGGCUUAAUGUAUGCACCCCGUCUGGAUUACCCCAAAGCUGCUGAAGGCCCUAACCCCAGAGGAAAACACCCACUGCCAGCACGGCCUCUACUUCGAGGACGGUCAGCGACGUGUUGACUACGUCCUCACUUACCACGUGAAGAAGCAGGCAGGGGGCCGCUCCAGCCGACAGUCCACACACCUGUUCACUGAAAAUGCUGUUGCCCGCAGCCUACGCCGUGGCACCCAGAGCCGUGACAAGCAUCUCCGACAAAACCAAGCACAAAGGGGAAGAGACUCAUCAACCCUGUCAUCAUCACUUGUAGUUGACGUGGAGCUGGGCUCUCCUGGAGAGACCCUCAGCAGCCAGGAAGAUCAUAAGAUGUUCAGACGGGAGGAGUUUGAGGGGAAACUGAGAGACAUGGGACUGGAGCUGGAGAAAGAUGAGGACUCCAAGAUUCAAGGGGUGGGCUUUCUGAAGAUUCAUGCUCCUUGGAAUGUUCUCUGUCGAGAGGCUGAGUUAAUGAAGUUAAAGAUGCCCACCAAGAAGGCAAAGAAAUGGGAUAUUCUUCAGUGGCCAAGUCAGUCACCUGAUCUCAACCCAACAGAGCAUGCUUUUGAAUUACUGAAGACAACACUGAAGGCAGAAAGAACGACAAACAAGCAGCAGCUGAAGGUGUAUGAAGUCAAGCAGUCAAGCAGUGUUGUGGAGAAGAUCAGCUGUCUAGUGAAUAAAGUUCUAGAUCCUCUCCACCCUCAUGUUGACGAGCAUCGACCCAAGAGCAUCAAACACCUGUCGCACACUUUCUCCAGGGAAAAACAACACCUGUUUGACCUCUCAGACAAAGAUUACUUCUUCGACAGUAAGACCAGGAGUUCAAUAGUUUAUGAAAUACUGAAAAGAACAAAGUGCAAAGCCAAGUACAGCAUGGGUAUCACUAGUCUCCUGGGUAGUGGUGUCUAUACAGCAGCUUACCCUCUUCAUGAUGGAGAUAUCAAUGAGGAGAGUGCAGAGCUCAAUGACAGAAAGCUUUUGUACGAGGAGUGGGCAAACUACAGUGUCUUCUACAAGUACCAGCCCAUCGGACUUGUGAGGAAGUACUUUGGUGAGAAGAUUGGUCUGUACUUUGCCUGGUUGGGUCUAUAUACUCAGAUGUUGAUACCUGCCUCCCUAGUGGGGGUCAUUGUCUUUCUGUAUGGAUGUGCAACAGUUGAUGACAACAUACCAAGCAUGGAGAUCUGCCACCCAAAGAACAACAUCACCAUGUGUCCUCUGUGCGACAGAGUGUGCAGUUACUGGAAACUCAGCACUGCCUGUGGAACAGCCCGGGCCAGUCACCUGUUUGACAACCCUGCUACUGUUUUCUUCUCUGUAUUCAUGGCUCUGUGGGCUGCUAUGUUCAUGGAGCAUUGGAAGAGGAGGCAGAUGAGACUGAACUAUGAAUGGGACCUGACUGGGUUUGAAGAUGAGGAGGAAGCUCUCAAGGACCACCCCAGGGCCGAGUAUGAAUUCAGGGUCAUGCAGAAAUCUCUGAGCAAAGAUCAGAAACCACAGCACAAGAUGGAAAAGCUCUCGUGUCAAGACCGCCUCCCUGCUUAUAUGACUAACAUUGUCAUGAUGCUGUUAAUGAUUGGUGUCACAUUUGCCAUCGUGUUUGGCGUGAUCCUUUACCGGAUCUCCACCAAAGCCGCUCUUCAUAUGAGCUCCAAUCCAAUCACACGGAACCAUGUACAAUUGACGGUUAAAACUACUGCAGCCAUCAUCAACCUGGUUGUCAUCUUAAUACUAGACGAGGUGUAUGGAGCCGUGGCACGGUGGCUCACUGUACUAGAAGUUCCUAAAACAGAUAAGAGCUUUGAGGAGCGACUCAUCUUCAAGACAUUCAUUCUCAAGUUUGUCAAUGCUUUCAGCCCCAUCAUCUACAUUGCUUUCUUCAGGGGAAGACUGGUAGGCAGACCAGGCAGCUACCUGUAUGUGUUUGAAUCAUACAGAAUGGAAGAGUGUACUCAUGGAGGCUGUCUGAUGGAGCUGUGUAUCCAGCUGAGCAUUACCAUGUUGGGAAAGCAGCUAAUUCAGAACAACCUUUUUGAGAUAGGCAUACCCAAGUUAAAGAAGCUGAUUCGCUACAUUCAGUCAAAGCAAGGAGCUUUUCAAGAAGAAGAGAGACAGAAGAAGCUGCAGAGAUAUGAAACUGACCACUUCCUGGAACCAUUUGCUGGAUUAACACCUGAAUAUAUGGAAAUGAUCAUCCAGUUUGGCUUUGUUACAUUGUUCGUGGCCUCCUUCCCCCUGGCUCCUCUUUUUGCUUUGCUCAACAACAUCAUUGAAAUACGACUUGAUGCCAAGAAAUUUGUGACUGAGUUGCGAAGACCAGUGGCAGCAAGAGCCAAAGACAUUGGUAUAUGGUACAACAUACUGAGAGGGGUAGCAAAAGUGGCUGUCAUCAUUAAUGCAUUUGUCAUCUCCUUCACUUCAGACUUCAUCCCUCGGAUGGUCUACCAGUACAUGUACAGCUCUGAUGGCUCCAUGCAUGGAUUUGUCAACCAUACACUGUCCUACUUUAAUGUCAGCCACUUCCAGGAGGGCAAAGAAACUAUGGAUCCAUUGCACCUUGGAUACCCAGUUGAGAUCUGCAGGUACAAGGACUACAGAGAACCUCCUUGGUCAUCCACUCCAUAUGAGAUCUCUAAGGAAUUCUGGACUGUGCUGGCUGUCCGACUGGCCUUUGUUAUUAUUUUCCAGAAUGUUGUUAUGCUGAUGAAUGACAUCGUGGACUGGCUAAUUCCAGACAUCCCUAAAGACAUCAGCCUCCAGAUCCACAAGGAGAAGAUUCUAUUGGUAGACCUCUUCAUGAAAGAAGAGCAAGGCAAGAUCCGUAUCCUUGAGAGCAGGUUGUCUACAGGGGACAAGGAGAACUGCAGCAAGAGCCAUCACAACAACAACAACAGCACAAAGGCUCACUCACGCUCCGGACUUCACACCAGUAGCACAAACAGCCUGUAAUGCUAGUAAUGAUGAAUUCUUAGUCCAGUCCUAGCUUGCUAGCAGCCUACUUGCUCAGGCCAAUCUAAAUUCUGUGUCUUUGUUCUUGUUCAAACAUUCCAACAUUUGGGAGAGCAGCUGGCUGGUGAAGUGUUAGGAAAGUAAAGGUGACGCUAUGGGGCCAAAUAAAAUCUCAGUAUGUGUUAGGGGGAAAUGUAAAAACAGUUUCUUAAUUUGUACGUGCACUAAGUAGGGCUGCAGGGAAUGUAAUCUUACAUUCAAAGCUUCUAAAAAAAACAAAAAACAAAAAAAAACAAAUUAAAUUUCAGAUUAAAUUGGGCACUAAGCAAAUGCAGAUACAUAAUAGGAUAUUUUUUUGUAGCGACCGAAUUUAUUGUAAUAGCAUUAAGGCUGUACUAGAAGAACAGUCUAGCAUAGGGCAGUGCGUAAUAUGUGUGUGUGUGGGCAGUGUGUGGGUGAGCAAGUGAGAGAGAUUGACAGCAGGACGAAAAGAGAAAGCAGCAAGUUAUCUGUCUUGAGUCAGUACCGAUGUGAAAUUCCUGUUUGUUGUUUCCCAACUGCGGGAAAGUUGAAGUGGGUCAGUCUCAAAGGAAGAAUCCACUUCGCCCAGCUAACUAACUAUGGUAUGCAAAGAAGCAGGGAAGGCUAACAGCCCCAACAGAUUUUGUUGUUGUCGUGGUUAUAUAAAUGUGAUUUAUGUGUGUGCACAAGCAGCGAGGGCAAACAGUUUUGACUGCAGUGAAAAUUUUGUUUUUGGACAACCUAGACUCCAACAAAUAUGGAUAUAUUAUAUAUUUCCUUAGAUAAAAGAUUUUGUGAAUUUUGCAAAUUAUUACAUCUUUUCAUGAAAUUUUGACUUUUUUACUUUACAGUGGUCUGCAGUUGCAAAUUAUCAAUGUUAAGCAGCCACAAUUUAAGUCUUCUACAACAGUAUAAUGGCCUACUAAUAAUAUUAGUAUCCCAUCAUUCUUAUUGUUAUUAUUAUUAUUAUCAUUAUUAUUGUUAUUAUUAUUAUUUAUUUGAAGCUGUGAAGAAAUAUUAGGUUUUAACAGAAUGAACAGACAUACAAGAACAGGAAAAGCUGCGCAGCAAGUGUUGAUUCAAAGUUUAGAUGUCAGUGUUAUGAAUGAAGCUUUGAAGCUUCAAACUAUUCAGUACCAGUCCUAGUACUCAGACACACUUUGUGAAUGUGUACACGAAUUUGUAAACGUGCAUACAGAUUUGAGAAUAUUCACAAGAAUAACGCAUGCUCAGAUUUGCUAAGUGUACACACAUCUCUAAAUGUGCAUACAAUUUAUACAUGUGUAUAAGAAUAAAAACGAAUAAAAAUGUGUACUCAG